CCACCCCCCUCCCUCCCCCUUUCAGACAGUCUGUUUUUGCUGCAGUGAACGGUAGCAGUAUAAGGAGGGGGGAAAAGCAAGAAAAACAAGGAGCGCGCGACAGAAAAAAAAGCAAGACAGACAGACCCAGAGGGACCCGGAGCAAUCGCGAGCCACCAGAACACCGCUGGUCCAGACCCUGAACAGCAAGGAAAAAAAUCCCGUUGCCGAGGAGAUUCCACGAACCACAUAUUUUGGUGUAAUUUCGGUUAGCCUUCAGCAUCGUUAGGGGCGCCUGCGAGGACACUCGGCAAGAGACGAAUGAAGGCGUGUGUGCGCCAGACCAUGGCAUUCCCGGCAUUCCCAGCGUCGGUUCUCUGGACUCUCGGCUCCUUGACAAUUCUCUGGGCUUCGGUGCAGAGCAACGUCGUUAUGGAGGACGACCCCUUCCAGCCUGUGACCACGGACGAGACGGUGUCGGUGGGCGGGACGGUGACCCUGACCUGCCGGGUGAUGGAGAGCGACAACUCCUCCCUGCAGUGGUCCAACACCGCCCAGCAGACCCUGUACUUCGGGGACAAGAGAGCUCUAAGAGACAACCGCAUCCAGCUGCAUCGAUCCACGCCCACGGAGCUGUCAAUCACCAUCGCCGAUGUGCAGCUAUCGGACGAUGGAGACUACACCUGCUCCAUCUUCACGAAGCCCAUUCGCACUGCCCGCGCCACAGUCACCGUGCUGGGUGUCCCGGGCGUGCCGCAGAUCCUGACCAACAACGAGGCGGUGCAGGAGGGAGGCACCGUCACCCUGAUCUGCUCCAGCUCGGGCGGGAAACCCGCCGCCAAGCUGCGCUGGUCCAAGGACAAGAAGGAGCUGACCGGCUCGACGGAGACGGUGCAGGCCGACCCGAACGAACGCACGUUCACGGUGAGGAGCGAGCUGCAGCUCCCCGUCACCCGCGCCGACAACAAAGCCGUCAUCGCCUGCACGGUGGACCACCCCUCCCUCACCGGGGGCGACGAAACGACAGAGGAGGAGCUCAGCGUGCUGUACUCUCCCAUCGUCCACAUCGAACCUGAGACUAAUCUACCCAGAGAGGGAGCCAAGUUCUACCUGCAGUGCAUUGGUGAUGGAAACCCCGAUCCCUCCUCCUUUCUCUGGGAGAAGAAGGACGGCUCGCUGCCCUCGCUGGUCAAGGCCGACGGGAGCUUCCUGCGCUUCGAGCAGCUGAACAAGUCCGACAACGGCGUCUACCUGUGCCAGGUGGACAACGGGAUCGGGACGGGCCUGGCCGACUACGCCCUGCUGGUGCAAGACCCCACCGCCAUGUCCACCUCCUCCGGGGUCGACCACGCUGUGAUUGGUGGAGUGGUUGCGGUCAUUGUCUUCAUCCUCCUCUGUCUCCUCAUUGUCCUGGGCAGGUACCUGAUCAGACACAAAGGGACGUAUCUGACUCACGAGGCGAAGGGUUCGGACGACGCGCCCGAUGCCGACACGGCUAUCAUCAACGCGGAGGGGGGUCACUCUGGAGCGGACGACAAGAAAGAGUACUUCAUCUAGAGAGGGAGGGAGGGAGGGGUGGAGAGAGGGAUAGAGGGAGGGAUGGAGGGAGGAGGAGGGAAAGAGGAGGAGCGGCAUCCGUCUGCCUUCUGCACGCUGUGGGUGUGUGCGUUCGUGGGGGUGGGGGGGGGGGGAAGGUGCAGAGAGAAAACUAAAGAAAAAGUAAGAACUGAAGACAGAAAAAAAUCAAAAACAGAGCAGAAGCUGAAUUAAACU